GUGGAAGAGGGUAAACGGCAGGGUAAGAUGUACAGUAUGACGCCGCGGCACUCAUUUCCUCUCUUAGUUGUGAAUGUGGAGCUGACAGUUCUACCUCAGGCUUUCCUCCUCGGUUAAGGAGACUUUGAAUAGACUUUUAUCUCUGUGCUGCUUUGGUGCGUUUUUUCAAAAAGCCGGAACUGCCCCGUUCACAGUUCAGCGAGCCAGAAAAGCGAGUCUGAUGGAAGUGGACGAGGUGGUGUGUUUGCCGCGGUUGUCCCGAGUCGCAGUUUGUGGCGGUACCCAUGGCAAUGAGCUGUCCGGGGUGUACUUGGUGAGGGAGCUGCUGAAGGCGAGGAAGGAGGCGAUGGAGAAGAAGAAAGAGGAGGAGGAGGAAGAGGAGCCAGCGUCGGUGCUGAUGGUGCUGUCGAACCCACGGGCCACGCAGCAUUGCCGCAGAUACGUGGACGCCGAUCUGAACCGCUGCUUCACCCACGCCACCCUCAACGGUCCCGUCUCAGACAUGGCCCCCUACGAGAUGGUCAGGGCCCGAGAACUGAACACGCUGCUGGGGCCCAAAGGCAGUGGCGAGGCGGUGGACCUUGUUUGUGACCUCCACAACACCACCGCCAACAUGGGCCUGUGCCUCAUCGCAUAUUCUGACUGCGACUGGAUCUGCCUGCACAUAUUCAGGCACCUUCAGAGGCAGAUGCCAGAUGUACCAAUGAGGUUCAUCCAUUUCGACGUUUCCAGAAAAGAAUCCUAUUCCCUCGAUUCAGUGGGAAAACACGGCUUCGCGAUGGAGAUCGGCCCUCAGCCCCACGGCGUGGUGAGGUCCAACAUCUACACGGCGAUGAAAGAUGGCGUGCAGCACAUGCUCGAUUGGAUUCACUCCUUCAACUCAGGUACUACUUUUGAAGGAGGAUUCGUGGACGUGUUCACCAUGGUUAAACACAUCGACUACCCAAGAGACGGCCAGACUCACGACAUCACAGCCGCCAUUCACCCCGAGCUCCAGGACCGAGACUUCUGCCUGCUCCACCCCGAGGACGCGCUGUUCCAGACGUUCUCAGGUGAAACCCUCAGAUACAAAGGCAUCGAACCUCUCUUUCCUUUCUUUGUCAACGAAUGUGCUUAUUACGAGAAGGGCAUCGCUCUCUCCCUGGCGAGAAAGAGGCACGUGAUGAUCCCGGCCGUCCGGGUGCAGACGGAGGCCGAGCAGCAAACCGACGAGCAGGGAUUUGCGUCAGAAGAGGAGUGA